AUGAAUGAUCAAUAGUCUCAGCAGUAGCCGGUUUUCUCUGCCCAAACUACUCUGAAACUCGAUGAAGAGUCAUUAACAAAAUUAAUGGCGAUCCUUGAUCAAAACGGUCUUCCUGUCAAGAAUCCAGUACUCCGCCUCGAAGUAGUUCCUAUGAAUUCUACCUACCUCGCUUCUCAUUAGAGAAGUUUCCAACUAAACAAACAAGACAUUGAGAAUGUUUUCAAGGUUUUCGGCUAAAUCCGAGAGGUCUCGGUGGAAACUCAACAAGGCUAUGCACUCGUUACAUUCGAGGACAUUGUCGCAGCAUUCUUCGCUCAGCAGUCUUUGAAUAACUUUUAUCUGAGCAAAUACAAUGCGCAAUUAUCAGUCAAGUGGCUCACACAGAAAUCGCAAGUGCCAGAUCUCCAAGCUAAUUAGGAAAACAUUCAGAUUCAGCCUCAGAAUAAUAGUUAGCAGGUGGUUCCCACUAUGAGUGAGGAUUAGAUUCUUGCAUAGAGAAUGAUGUAUCAAGGAUAGUAAUAAAUGGGUAACAUGAACUAACCAUAGCCAUUGUAAUAACAACAGUAGCCAUAGCAAUAAUAAUAACCUUAACCUCAAAUGACUCAAUUCAAUUAUCAAAAUAUAUAUGCUGCUCAAUAACAGAACUACUCCAUGUAGGGCUAUACCAAGUAAAUGAACUUACCUCAACAGUCUUCGCAAUAGAUGCAAGAUGAGAAUAUUAAGUACACUUGCAGGUUCGAUAUAUAAAUAGAUAAUGACAAGGAAUUCUAAGUUGCUCGCAGACUCAUAGGAGCAAAAGGAUGCAACAUGAAGAGAAUCAUCGAAAUUUGCUGCAAAGGUGCCUCCUACGACUAGCUUUAAGAUAUGGUCAAACUAAGGCUAAGAGGCAAGGGCUCUGGAUUUAAAGAGGGUCCCAAGCAAGAGGAAAGCAAUGAUCCACUUCACUUGUGCAUAAGUUCCAGAUUUUAUGAUAAAUACCUAGUGGCUUGCAACCAUGUCCAAGAACUAAUUAUGAAUGUUUACGAGGAAUAUAAAAGAUAUUGCGAAAAGAACAAAAGGGAGCCAAGAUAGGAACUAUCAAUUAAGAAAAUUGAGACAGUGACUGGAAGGAGAUCAGUGCCAUAACAACCCCCUCAGAUUUUCACCCCUGCUAACGGCUAAAACAACAGCUCCAUGACACCUCUCUAACAGUAACAAUAGAACAAUUAUUUAUAAUCUAUGCAAUAACAAUAGCCAUAAUAAAGAUAACAACAAAUAAAUUCUGGAUAUCAAACUUACCAAAGUGGUAACAACAAUAACCCUUCUAACAAUUCCGUAUCUACUCCCACCGGCUAGUCUCAGAUGAGAUUCAACUUGCAAGGCGCUUACUCGGCCCCAGUGCAGAAUCUUUUCGGAAACUAUUAGAAUACAUUACCUUUCAUCCCCUAAUAGAGAGGCUCUAGCUCUAUCCCUAACAACACCAACACUACCACAACCUUAAGUGAAGGAAUGAGUAUGGGCAUGGUGGGUCAGCAUGAUUUUAGUCAAGCUGCAACCCUGAUGAGUCCGGGGCAGAUGCCCCCACCCAUGUUAGGGAGCAGAUCUCAAAGCUUCACCGUCCAAGAGCAGUGGAAGGAUUCCAAGCCUUGGGUUCCUCUCGCUCAGCAGACCAAGACAGAACAGUGA